CCCGUGCUCGUCCUCCCUGCUCCGGCGAAGAUGGCGCAGGCUCUGUCAGAAGAGGAGUUCCAUCGAAUGCAGGCUCAGCUCCUGGAGCUGAGGACGCAGAACUACCAGCUUUCUGACGACCUGCGGAAAAGCACUGCUGAGCUCAAUAAUGUCCGGCAGAAGACCUCGAACCUGGAGAAAGAAUACCUGAAAGCACAGAAGGCUCUCAAUAAGAGUAAGAAGGCUCAGGAAGUUGAUGCCCUGCUCAGCGAGAAUGAGAUGCUCCAGGGCAAGCUGCACAGCCAGGAGGAUGACUUCCGCCUGCAGAACAGCACCUUGAUGCAGGAACUGUCCAAGCUCUGUUCUCAGAUAGAGCAGUUGGAGAAGGAAAACCGAGGGCUGAAGGAAGGAAAGGAGGUACCCCUAGCGUCAACUCCUUCCUCCAGCACGGUGGAUGGAGAGCUGCUCCGCCUUCAGGCUGAGAAUGCCGUCCUACAGAAAAACAUGACAGCUCUUCAGGAGCGUUACGAGAAGGCUGUCAUGUCUCACAAAGGCGCAGAAGUCAGUGAAGUCAAAGCCUCAGAGGUGGAUGGACAGAGUGACUCAAAUGGAGUUCAGACAAAUGCCAGGGUCAGCACGUCGACAGAGGAGUCGGCAGAAGGACCUGCUGAUGUCCUGGAGCAGGCCGAGGCCAAGUGUGCCAAACUAGAGCAACGAGUCAAGGAGCUGAGUGAGGUGGAACUGAGGCUCAACACUGAAGUGGAGGAGAAGCGGUUGCUGAAGGAGCAGCUCCAGGCUUUAGAGACAUCCAAACAAAAAGAUAUGAUGAAACUUCAGGAUGAAAUUGCAAAGCUUUCUGAUAAGUUAAAGAAAAAACAAGAAAGUUUUCAGCGUUUGCAAGGAGAAAAGGAGGCUCUAUACAAUGAUAGCAGGACUAAGAUUGAUGAGAUUCUGCAGAAAAAAGAAGAAGAGCUGAAGUCCCUAAACAUACGCAUUCAGAAGCUUCAGGGGGACCUCAUGUUGGCCAAUCAGAGUAUUGCGGAGCAGAAGGAGCAUUUGCAGAGCCAACAGAAGGAGCAUGAGAUGGCUCUACAUGCACUCAAAGAGCAGGUGGCGUGUCAGAGUGCAGUGAGUCAGGAGCAGGUGGAGAGCAUCCUGAGUGAGAACGAUGCUCUCCGGACUAACCUAGCUGCCCUAGAACAGAUCCAGACGGUAAAGACUCAGGAGAUGAACCUGCUGCGGGAUCAGAACGUAGCCCUCAGUGUGGAGCUGCAGCAGCGGCAGACUGAGCAGGAGAGCUUACUGGCCCAGAAGGAUGACCUCAGCUCCCAGCUGCAGGAGGCAAGCAGAGCUAACAGCAGACUCCUGGAGCAGUUGACCGAACUGGGCCAGGAGAAAGAGAAAGUGCAACAGGAGCUGGAAGAGACCAGGAAGACGGCAGACAAGCGCAAGGCCAUGCUGGAUGAGCUCGCCAUCGAGGUGGCCCAGGAGAAGUCCCGGCACAAGGAGGAGCUCAGUGAUGUGCGGCUGCAGCACGAGAAAGAGAUCCUGAGCGUGCGCGCGCGUUAUGAGAAGGAGCUGCGAGGCCUGCACGAAGACAAGAAUCGCACUGAGGAGGAGAUCCGCUCCCAGCUGCGUGACGAAAAGGCUCGCACGCGGGAGCUGGAGGGUCUCCAGCAGACAGUGGAGGAACUGCAGGCCCAGAUCCAAUCUAUGGAGGGAACUAAAGGGUGGUAUGAGCGCAGACUUAAAGAAGCAGAGGAGACUGUGGAGAAAAACACACUGGAACACCAGGAGCAUAUUCAGAAGCUUCAGCAGGAUCAUGAUGCACAGUUGAAGGGCAAGGAAUCAGAAAUGGAAGCGCUGAGGCACCAGCUGGGAGCUAUGGAGAAGGAGAAGGAGGAGUACAAUGUGACGAUUGCAAAACUAAAGCAGGAGAUUAAAGACACUGUGGACGGCCAGAGAAUACUUGAAAAGAAGGGGAGCUCAGCACUGAAAGACCUGAAGAGGCAGCUGCAUUUGGAGAGGAAGCGGGCCGACAAGCUCCAGGAGCGGCUGCAGGAGAUCCUGACCAACACCAAGACCAGAACAGGCCUGGAGGAGCUGGUGCUGUCUGAGAUCAGCUCUCCUAGCCGCACCCAGCAGACGGGGGACAGCAGCAGCGUGUCGUCUUUCAGCUACCGGGAGGCUGUGAAGGAGGGGGCCGCUGCGCAGGGUUCUAGCAAGUCCAACACCAGCAGCCCCCAGUCUCAGCGGCCCGCAGACCUUUCAGAUGACGAAGUUGGCGAGCUUUUCCAGCGCCUGGCUGAGGUGCAACAGGAGAAGUGGUUGCUGGAGGAGAAGGUAAAGCACUUGGAGGUAAGCUGUGCCUCCAUGGCCGAGGACAUCUGUAGGAAGAGCGCCAUCAUUGAGACCUACGUCAUGGACAGCAGGAUAGAUGUCUCGAGCGCUGCCUCAGUGUCUCACGGAGGCCAGGUGGAGCGCGGAGGCCUGGGCUCUGUGCUGAGGGACCUGGUGAAGCCUGGGGAUGAAAACCUGCGCGAGAUGAACAAGAAGCUGCAAAACAUGCUGGAGGAGCAGCUGACCAAGAACAUGCACCUUCAGAAAGACCUUGAAGUUCUGUCUCAGGAGAUUGUUCGUUUAAGCAAAGACACGUGCACAGGUCCAGAUGGAGACCCCUCAACCACUGGCUAGGACUGGAAACUGCCCUCCCCAAUCCACCUCCCCUCAUGUCACCCUGUUUUCCUGACCACAAGGAGGAGGAUGCUGCUCAGCGGUGUUCAGGACUGUACCUCCAGAGGAACAUGUGGGCACUGGGAUGGUGGGGGAGGGAGACCCGUGCUUCUGAAAUGUAUCUACUACUGAAUGUAUUUAUUGUCACAAUUGUCUGUGUAACUCUGGGUCCUGCACUUGGCCCCAGGUGGCCUGGGUGGCCUCGCUGGCCUGGCUUCUUGUCAGAACAGCAGCAGUGGUGCCUAGGGCCAGAGUGAAGACCCAUCUUCAGGAACAGGUGCAUUACUCAUUUCCAUCCUUCUGAGACUUUGGUGAUCAUAUGGAGUGCAGCAUGAUGGUUACACUACUACAGAGUUGUUUCCAUGAGAAAUGGAAACUGCCUUAUUAAGGUCUGCAUAAGCCUAAAAGCAUUCAUAAUUGUUCUUAAGCAUUGGUAGUCAAGUAUUACAGCCGAUUCUGUCUGAGCUGGAAGAUUUAUUUUAAAGGUCUGCUUUCUCAAUGACCUCCCACCUCAAUGCUUCUAAGUGACUUUGAACAUUGAUAUGAGAAAUGGCUGAGUGCUAUUAUGUAGUCUUAUACAGUACUUAAUAAGCUGUUGUGUCUGCAAUACACAUCCAGAGUAAAGCCAUCAUUCCUUCUGCUUAUAUUUAAAAGAAACAUUCUGGUCAGAAUUUAUUAUUUGAUGUGUUGUAAUAUAUUUUUUUGAAUUGCACAUCCAAGAUGGUGCAGCAGUUCGGAAGCACCUCAUCAGCUCCAGGACCAAGCGUCAUAUUCUCUCCAUAACUGUUAUUCAUAGCGUAACACGGGCUGGAAGUAUAUUCUCUGUGCCAGUGAGGAAACACAGCGCUGACCUCACUCGGUGCACUCACUUCUUCUUGCGUCCCGCUGGACACGUAAAAGACACAAAUGAGGUUGUGCAGAGGCACUGCGGUGUUCGUUUUAGUAUGUGAUGUAUCUGUGGAAAAUGUAACCACAGAAAGAGCAAUAGCUGAGUUCCGCUUUUUGUGUCCGCAUAUGAGGGAUUUUUGUUCCUGGGUGUGGUGGACCAGUUUGGAACUGCAUAUAUAAAACUUACUCGUCUUAUAAACAUGUUGAAUGCAGCAAACUGUACACUACCCUGCCCAGUACAAGGGCUGCUGUGUUCUUGCCCUCACUUCCAUACACUUGUACAUUUGCAGUAAAAGUUAACCGCCUAAUCUCUCUAAAUCGGUAUAAUGCAGUAUGUUAAUUGAACACGUAGAAAUCAUUCCGGAGCAGAAAUUCCAAUUUCUGGAGUACGUCUUUUAACGCAGAGCUUGAAAGCAUCCACAUAGGUCAUUGUGUAAGGAUGCCAGUUUCGGAAUAAAUGCCACUGUUCCUAAGUACAUUAAUACCUGUACUGUAUGUUAUUGGAGAUGAUGCUUUUUCUGAGUUUCAGCAGCUGUGCAUGCAUAUCACACGAGAAUAAGCAAGUGAGGUAAACGAAAUUACGCCUUUGUUUACUUGCAUCGAGCUUCUGCUUGUUGAAUCUCAAAGCGUUCCCCCCCCCCCCCCCCCCUCGCCUCUGCACUUGCGACAGCAGCCCAACUGCAGAGUUAUUGGGAAGAGUUGGGCCUCUCAUCAGCUAGUGUCAGCUUUACUAUGCUGUUAAGCAACAAGGACUGCCUGGCUGUUUUUGUGCUGAGGUUUCAAACUCCAGUUCCUGGAAGCCUGCAGUCUUUUUUUUGUUCCCACUUACAGUUCCCAAUGGUUAGAUGUACUGAUAUCAUCUGUUACACUGGCAAGAAUGUGUUUGAAUUAAUUCUCUGGAAUCACUGAGGACUUUUGAGCUUGGUGAAGUGCUGAUAACCCAUAAGUAUAAUAUAUUGCUUUUUUUUUUUUCUUCAUGGGGUGCACAAAUGUUAUCAGUUGAAGUAGGAGCUCUCUUCAAUGUGCCAGAACCUUUUCAAUAGCAGCAUGAUGUCUUGCUGAAGCCUCUUUACUUGCACGAUGGAGAUGCUCCAGCGUUCCCGUUGGGGUUCAUGUGCACAGUGCCCACAGCGCGCUCCGUUGCCUUGUGGCACCAUCAGCAAGUGUCCGUGUACCAGUAAGAGCUCUACCAUAUUACAGUCUACUUCCUUUGGGUGUUAUUUUGUAUACUUUUGAGCUCUCCAGACAGUAUGAUGAUUGUCGGACUUUUGAUGAGACCCAUUCAAACAGUAACAGAGUAAGAAAGAAGGAUAGCACUGGGCUGCCUGUCAAAGAAUAAAGUGAAUCCAUGUGAAUAAUUCAAAUUAAAAGAAGCUACUUUAUACAUGUGUAAGUACACACACACACACACACACACACACACACACCUGUAUAUAGUAAAUUACAAAGAUAGUCAAAAUAAAGUUGGUUCCAUAGAUCAGAUGUGAUAGCCUGAAAGACCUGUCAGUCAGGUAACAGCAGAACAUUUCAAUUUCUAAUAUUCUACUACUAACAGUAACUUCUGAUGCUGUUUAUGUAAUUCAUAUCUACAAAGAAAUGUUAAACUCACCUGUCGUUUGGAGUUUACGGGCUCGCCAGAUGUACGUAACAGUGGUUAAUCUCAGCUUCUGAUCAUCUGCUGUCAAAACGUUAUUUCUAAACUUGUACAUUUUUGUUUUUUGAGUGUUUGGUUAUACAGCACGUACCCCAGUAACAUUAGGAUGAAUAAGGCUAUGUGUGUGUGGUUAACUUGUAUUUUCUGUAUUUUCUCUAAAAUAAGCAGGAAGAAGCUGCAAUGCCCGCCAGAAACACAUGGUAGAUUUAGGUUCAAUAUUAUUGAGUUACUGUCCACCGCUAUACUUUGCACAUGAAUUAUUUUAUUUUACUAGAUGCUUUUUACAUUUUUCCCUUUCGCUGUUGUCUAAUAGAGACAAUGCAAAAGGUCAAAGGUUCAGUGAACUUUAAUGCUUCACUUUAAACAGAUAUUUCGGCCUUAUUACCGUUGUCUAGGCCAAUUUUUUCUCUGCAGUAAAUAUUUUUUUUCUGUUCUCUUAACUGACAUUUACAUCAGUUUUAAUUUUUCGCCCUUUGGAGGUUCAACACUGAAAUGACUGGAAAAACAUGUUAAAUGAGUCUUAGGUGGUACCUUUUGUUUACGUAUUAACUCGGUCCUGCUUUUCAAGAAUGCUGCAGUACAGCAUGCAGUGGAAACUAAGAAAUACAGUAGCCCAGCCAUCUUUUUUCUGGGGAAGAAUAUGUGUUUGUGUUCUGUCUCUUUGUUGUUUUGUCGCUGUAACGGAGAUGUGUAUGUCUGCACCAUCCCUCGAGCAAAGGGAACCUCUUUUUCUACACCUCUUAAAUGCAAAAGUUGUUUCCUCUCUGCAUUAACAGCUGUAAUCUUAGCUUCACUUUUCCAGCCAAAAGCUGCAAUUAUUUGUUUUGCUGUACAGUAUAAUUUAAUUUUUUUGCAUUGGUUAAUUAAAGAAAUGUAAAGGAACAGAUUGCAUGUGAAUUGCUAGAAUUGUAAUGGAAGAAAAAUUUGAUUAUCUGCUAUCUGAUUCCAUUACUUGCUAAUUUUCAGGGCUGUGCUAUGUUAUAAGUGAGCUGAACCAUUUUAAGGUAAUUGUGACAGAAGGAUCCUUGUGACAGUAAUGCAUCCUUUUAAGUCCACCAGUGUCCUUUGAAGAACCUCCUAAUAGGUGUUGCAUUGUACUGUCCUGUUACAGCAGCCCAUCCCAUAAUGCACUGCUUUUCCAUCUCUUCUAUGCCUCACAAGUGCCACUGCAGCCCUAAAAUAAUUUAGAUGGAGGUGGGGGGGAAAAAAGAAAAAAAAAACAAGGUGCAAUGGUUCUAUGGCACUGUCUAACACACCCCACAAUGGCCUGUUGUUGGGAAUACACAUCUUCGUGCUAAUGUGGACUUAUCUCAGUUUCCUCUAAAUGUUUUCCAUUUUUGCUAAUGGAUUGCAGUCCAGUGCUUUUGAGGAUUUCCGUUUAUUGCAGAAUAUCAGGGUGACUGUAAAUAACACAUAAUUACCAAAGGAGAACUAAGUCUCCCUGCAAACUGAAUUGCACACAAAUGAAAUUUGGAAUCUGUAAGAUAUACAAAGCAAAAAAAUCCAUUCCAAAUUAUCUAAUUAGUUGCUUAUAUAUUUACACGUUGUUGUUUAACCUUCUAUGUUAUUUACAUUUGAUUGCCUUUUAUCCCUGUUUUUAAGAUCUAAUUUUCAAGUUUUUUUAUGUAUAGCAGCUAUUACAAAUAGAUUUCUAGUUUUUAAGUGAAUGUAAAAGAGCAAUGACUGAAUAAAACAGGAGAAUAAAAGAGCAGAUAAUUCCAUUCAUUGUUGUGAAGGUCUUUCGCAUUUCUCUAUCUGCGUCCGUGCUUGUAAUCAUGGUAUUCGUGUCUAUUCACUUCUGAACGUUGUAUAACACUCCGUAAGAGGGUGUGGUGCAGUGGUGUCAAGUUUCCCAAACAAAUAAAAACAAAGUA